UGUAAUGCACUUCCUCUCAUUACACUCUUACCUUCACACCGUGACGUUCAUAAUAUCAAAAUACGAAACGUCAAAGGAGCCGUAAUCUUAAAAGUUCGAAAUUUGUCACAAAACAAGAAAAAUGAUUCUGUAGAACAGAAGAAAGGUCUGAGACUUUUGCAAAAUCGUCGUAUUGCCUAGAAGAGUAAAUAUCGAAGUGGAUGAUGUCUGUUACUGGAAUAAGGCAAAUUAUUUCAAGAAGUGGACCCAUUUUCCAGAGUGAACGCACAAGCACUGAAUUGGCUUCUGCCCUAACAAUUUUAAGACACAAACAUACAUUGGAUUACUCACGUGUCCCUACAUUACAAGAAGAAGACCUCGAAGAAGUGUUUGUCAGGGGUAGUGGACCUGGUGGCCAGGCUGUUAACAAGACAAAUAAUUGUGUUGUGCUCACCCAUAAACCAACAGGUUUAGUCGUAAAAGUUCAUCAUUCAAGACUGCAGAGUGAGAAUCGGAAGCUAGCACGUGAUUUGCUGGUAGAGAAACUGGAUGCCCUCGUCAAUGGGGAACACAGUUUGCAAGCGCAGCGGAAGUGUCUUCAACAGCAGAAGCAAAAGAAGGAAGAGCAACGUCGAAACAAACGAGAACUUCUAAAGAAACUUUGGCGUGAACGUGAAGGCUUGAAUUCAUGAGAGGGAUCACUUGAUGUGCAAAGACAAUUGAUAAGUGGGAGCAAAUAAGCAGAUAAUUUUCGUUCUUAUCAUUUGUAUUUUACUGAAAAACAGAUAAAUAAUUAAAAUUUUCAAAGGAUUGAACUGUAA